AAGAACAAUCCAAAUAUUUUUUUCAUCUGAAAAAUUUUUCUACGUUGAAAUAGCGAAACGAAAAUACUUUAUCAGAAUUCGAUCGGAUAUCGAGUCGGAUAUUUUACGCGACUUAAUGUCUCUAAAAUUGCUAAUUUCAGACUAUCCUAAAUAUUAGCAGGCCACGUUUAUUCUCGAAUGAUUUAUCAGACGUGAUAAAUUGCUUAUGAAGUAUAAAAUGCAAGUGAAUUAUCAAUUUUUACGAUUACUACUUGAUAUCCAUCAUCUACCCUGAUCUUUAUAUUUUCUAAACGUCAAGGUAUUCUCCCCGUGGAAAUGCAUCUAAGUUUUGUAACCUCAACUAACAAAAUCGAAAUAGUAUUAUAUACGUAGUUGUUAAUGUUUAACAAACAAUGAUCAAGCAUAGAAAAAUGGGAAAACGUGCUGUUAUAUCUUGCGUGGGAACGAUCAUAGAGAAAAAUAAAAAAUCUGUAAGUUACACAUCGACAAAAAAAUAAUAUUACAUAUAUCCAUCAAUAUUAAUGUUUAACAAAUGACCAAUCAGAACUGAUCGUAUCAUUCGUUUGAACUUAUAUUACGAAGUACAUACGCCAGAGGGCAAAAAUGAUGAAGAUUUUUAUCGUUUUUAAUUUGAAUCAUUUAUACGUCGUGAAAAAUUUUUUUUUUUACUCGAACGUGAAUUCUUUCUAAUAUAUAUAUAUAUAUAUAUAUUGUAAUGUGUAUAUAUAUAUUUUUUUUUCUUCAAAGUUACAAUAGCUUUAAAAAAUAUGAGAAUACGUGGUAGACGAAAAAUCAACGAACACGGUGGACGAUUACGUGUCGGUCGAAUGGUAUGCAACCUGUGCGAUCAUUAUAUCAUGGGAAAUCCGUUAUACGUCAUCAUGCUGGGUAUCAUUGGGACCGUGAUAACAACAUUUGAUGUUAUACGUACAAUGAAUAGCAAAGUACCAAUUAGAUGUCCAUCGCGUUCUAAAAAAGAAGACUUGGCAACUUGGGACGUGGAAAGAGAUUUGAAACUAAUGACUUCUAUUCUUGGAAUAGAACACUAUACGUUGAUAAUGCUAGGUGCUAUUACGGAAUAUCCGAUGCUGUACACUCCCUGGUUGCUGAUGCAAUUAUGCGUUAUCAUCGUAGAGAUAAUAGUAUUUUUUGUCAGACUCUUCUUAGAUGGUCUACACGUAAAACGCGAUGAGAUCUUGCCAGCUAUAUUAAUGGUACAUAACUGGUUGCAAGUAUUUUGCCUAUUCCAUCGACAAGCACGAAAUUCUAUCCAAUGAAAUAAAUGUGAUGAAAAAAUGUUUUUCAAAAGCAAAAUCAAACUUUACGAUCUAUCUUCCUAAUUAUAAAAAAAAAAAUAAAAAAUACUACAUUUUAUUCUCUUAUGUGUUCUUAAUAAAGACACAUUAAAAAUGAUCAUGUAAAUGAAAUAUCGAUAAACGACAAAUCUCUCCUGUUCACAAAUAAUAAUAUAUAAUAAACAAAA